AUACCAGUGUUCCGGUCACCAUGUGUGUGUGCGGCCGACUGACACACACACACACCUGAGCCUGAGUCGGUCAGAGCUGCAGUGGCAGCUCACAGAGGAUCGAUAACCAGCUGAUCGGCUCUAAGAGGUGUUCCUGAUCACAUUUAUAUUUUUAUUUUUAUGUAUUUAUUAAAAACAGACAAGAUGAGCUGCGCCUGCGUGGGAUUCACCUGCUCCAAACACUCUCUGUGCGCGCUCAACAUCCUCUACGUGAUGGUGAGUCUGCUGCUGAUGGGGAUGGCAGUUUGGGGGAGCUGGUUUGGUCUGGUCUCUAGUUUCCAGGUGGUGGGGGCAGUGGUGGGGGUCGGGGUGUUCCUCUUUUUGGUGGCUGUUGCUGGACUCAUUGGGGCGUUGAAGCAUCACCAGGUCCUCCUCUUUUUCUACAUGAUCGUCCUCUUCAUGGUCUUCAUCAUCCAGUUUUCUGUCUCCAGCGCUUGUUUGGCUAUCACAAGUCAGCAGCAGGAUCAGCUGCUGGAGGUUGGUUGGAAUAACUCUCAGAGCACUCAGAGAGACGUGGAGAAAAGUUUAAACUGCUGUGGGUUCAGACAGGUGGACCUCAACAAUACCUGUGACGCUGUAUGUUUUCCAAACCAUUCAUGCGUGCCAUGUGCAGAGAAGAUCCAGCAGCAUGCAGGAGAGGCUCUCCGUUUUGCAGGAGGAGUGGGCCUGUUCUUCAGCUUUUCAGAGAUUGUGGGGGUAUGGCUCACAUAUCAUUACAGGAAUCAGAAGGACCCCAGGGCCAAUCCCAGUGCCUUCCUGUGACCUCCCCCAUCCUGACCCUCAAGCUGGACUCGUGUGCAUUUAAAGACGCUGCUACCAUGUGUAUGAGUGUGACUCUCGUGUGUGCGUGUGUGUGUGUGUGUGUGUGUGUGUGUGUGUGUGUGUGUGUGUGUGUGUGUGUGUGUGUGUGUGUGUGUGUGUGUGCGCGUGCGCGUGUGUGUGCAUGUGUGUGUGUUUAAAUAAUGUUGCCCACUCUGGGAUCAAUAAACCUUGUUGAUCGAUAUAAA